AUGUGCGUGUGUGCACGCGCCCCUGGGCGCAGGGCUGUGAGAGGACAAUUAUUUUCAUCAGCUGCUUGCCCGCGCUCGACUGCUCCUCUUUGCAGAACCGACGGCCUCCGUGCUUUCAACUCUGGAAGCGAGGCAGGAGGAAUUCCUUCCUUGAGACCCCCUCUUUGGGAGAGUCACCUCUCCGCCCUGCGGAUCUGCCCUCGGUCAAGGGGACCCGGCCGCCCCACGCACGGGAGCACUCGAGGGCGCGAGGUUCCGGGCUUCGCCCUCCUCCGACCUCCGCUAGAAGGCCCGGCAGCGGCGCCGGCUGCUUCGGGCGGUGGCCUCGGGGUCGAGGUGGGCGGAGGCAGGUGCUUCCCUCCCCGCGGCAGCCCUGCAGCCGGCCCUGUUCCGGCCGCGCUCGGUGGCGGCUCUCCCGCUCCUUCCUCCCAGCCCGGCCGCAGGGCCGGCCUCACAAUCCCAGGACCCCAGCGAGGGCGGGGGCCUCGAGAGCGCGCCGCUCCCGUCGACCUCCCUCUCGAAAACCGCGGCCAUGAAGGCCGGAAGUCCGCGAAGCCGGCCUGCAGGCCGCCCCCUGGGCCUCCGGCGGCCCAGCCUCGAGAAACAGAACAGAUGUCCUACCGCAAUUUGAGAAUACCUGAGAAAGGCAUCUCUUCUGUGUACAUUGUUGCGGCUGCUUCUGGGUACAGCCGUUGA